AUGGUGGGCAUUGGUGACACGGUGCUGGCAGCAGACGGCAGUGCAGGCACUACCGGCCCUGAUGAGAAACCGAGCGGAGAAGUUCAGGGCUAUCGCGAUGGCACCGGUUCCAAAACAUUUCUGUGGCGCUGGUACUGCCUCUGGUUUCCAUUCGGUGUUUGCAAAGUAGCAGCAGCAGGGACAGCAGCAGAGAGCAGCCCAGUGGAGAGGAGCCCGCUAGGCAGGACUGAGUGCCAUUCCUGCUUGGCAAGUGCGAUGGCUCCUCUGUGGCCCUUCAUCCUGGUGGCUGCGUCAGGAAUUCUAGCCAUAGACACACCUCAUCCCAGGAAUUCUGCUCUGUACCAUCUCACCAAGCAGCUACUGCAGAGGUAUCAGAAGGACGUGAGACCAGUUCACGACUGGACGGAGGCCACCACUGUCUACCUGGACGUGUUUGUCCGUGCGGUCCUGGAUGUGGAUGCACAGAACCAAAAAUUAAAGACAAGUGUCUGGUACAGUGAGGUUUGGGAUGAUGAGUUUUUAUCAUGGAACUCCAGCAUGUUUGAUGAUAUUAGCCAGAUCUCCCUACCUCUAAGUGCCAUCUGGGCCCCUGAUAUCAUCAUUAAUGAAUUCGUGGACAUUGAAAGACUCCCUGAACUUCACUAUGUGUAUGUGAACUCAUCCGGGACCAUCAGGAACUCUAAGUCCAUCCAGGUGGUCUCUGCCUGCAGUUUAGAGACAUACGCUUUUCCGUUUGAUAUCCAGAAUUGCAGCCUAACCUUCAACAGCAUUCUGCACACAGUGGAAGAUGUAGACCUGGCCUUCCUGCGGAGCAGAGAAGACGUUAAGCACAACAGAAAAGCAUUUUCGAAUGACAGUGAGUGGGAACUUCUGUCUGUGUCCUCCGCCUACAGCAUCCUGCAGAGCAGCGCUGGAGAUUUCGCGCAGAUCCAGUUUCACGUGGUGAUUCGCAGGCGCCCGCUGGUCUACGUGGUGAGCCUGCUGAUUCCCAGCAUCUUCCUCAUGCUUGUGGACCUGGGGAGCUUCUACAUCCCCCCCACCUGCCGUGCCAGGAUUAUCUUCAAGACCAGCUUGCUGGUGGGCUACACCGUUUUCAGGGUCAACAUGUCUGACGAGAUGCCACAGAGCGCAGUGCGCACCCCUCUGAUCGGCGUCUUCUUCACCGUCUGCAUGGCCUUCUUGGUUCUCAGCUUGUCUAAAUCCAUCUUGUUGGUCAAAUUCCUUCACGAUCAGCAGCACAGCGGGCAGGAGCGGCCCCUCUUGGGCCUUGGAGGGGACACCGAUGCUGAUGGGCUUCUAAUGGAUCGCAGGACCCAGCUUGUUGGGGCGACAGAGUCCUCUGUCUGUCGAGAGCACCAGGCCCCCUCAGGGACCCUGAAGGAAGUCUUGUCCCAGCUUCAGUCCAUCAGCAACUACUUCCAAGCCCAGGACCAGGCGGCCCAGCAGGAGGUCGGGUGGCUGGCCCUCCUGGAACGCGUUGACCGACUGCUCUUUCAAGGCUACCUUGUGAUGUUGGGGCUCUACGCCAUCACGCUGUGCUCCCUCUGGGCACUGUGGAGCCGCCUGUGAAGACGGGUUUGGCUGGGCUCCAUCAAUGUGCUCUCGCAGCGGGUGGAGGCUGAAAAUUCUGUGGGGAGAUUAGAGGAGAGGAAUGGUGGGUUAAAAGCUCUCCAGCCCCUGUUGCCUCUUUUCAUUCAGUCCAGGGAUGCACACCGAAUGAGAGAGUAAAUGACCCAGGGGUAAUGUAGUCAUGAUGAAAAUGCAGAAACAGUUUGGGGCACACAGGGAAAGUUAGCAAUCUCUUUCAGAAAAUCCCUAAGUACAUCCAGCAUGCAUGUAUGUUUCAGCAGGUUUAUUUAAGUGUAAGAUCCUUCCAUCUCCCAGCCCUGUCUUGGUCACUUAUUUAGUCACUCAACAAAACCUUUAUUGGGUGUCAAAUAAAUUCUAGGCAUUGUGUUAAGCACACCAGAAAAUACAAAACAAGUUAGUCACAGCUCAUCCUUCCCUUGACUGGAUUCCUGAGGUCAACCUUGCAUCGACCUUCAGUUCCCUGUAAGUCCAGACAUCUCCCUGCCCUGUUCCCUGGCUCACACUCCAUUGCAACCCGAGCCUCUCUGCCAUGCCUGUAUCCUGAAGCUCUUGUUCCACUGUGAGUCCAUCUUCCUCUGCUGCCUCAGCAGCCAGUGCAUCACUGUUGGAGGAAAACCAGGUGCCAAGGCUUCCAGGGCAGUCUAGGUCCACACAGCCAGCACACACCACGUGCAAGGCACUGAGUUGGGGGACAGGCUCACUACAUGGCCCUUGGGCUCAAGGAAUUUAUAAUCUAUCCUGUUUCAGUCUGCGUGGGCCGCCAUAACAAAAUGCCACAGGCUGGGUGGCUUAUACCAAGAUUUAUUUUCUCACAGCUCUGGAGGCUGGAAGUUCAAGAUCAAAGUGCUGGCGGAGUUGGUUUCUUCUGAGGGUGCUCUCCUUGGUUUGUAGAUGGCCGUCUUCUCCAUGUAUCCUCAUGUGGUCUUUUCUCUGUGUGUGUCUGUCCAAACUUCCUCUUCUUACAAGGACACAGUCAUAUGUGCCCUCAUGACCUAUUUGACCUCAUGUCCUACUGACCUCAUUUAACUUUAGUUACCUUUUAAAAGGCCCUAUAUCCAAAUAUAGUCAUUUUGUAAGAUAUAACAUAUACAUUUGGGGGAGACACAAUUCAGCCCAUAACUCUGACGUGAUUAUGGAGGCUGGCAGGCUUGAGACUCAGGGAGAGUUGUAGUCUGAGUCUAAAGGCAGGGUUUCCUCUCGGGGUAGGUCCGUCUUUUCCUAUUAAGGCCUUCAAAUGAUUAGAUGAGACCCACUUACUUUCUUGAGGAUAAUCAGUUUUAUUCAAAUUCUACUGACUUAAAUUUUAAUCCCAUCUAAAUAAAUAACUUCAGAGGAACAUCUAGAAUGGUACUAUGGCCUGGCUAAGUUGACACAUAAAAUUAACCAUCACCACCCUGAUGGCUCCUUAGCUUCCUAUCUGUGCCCACAGCUCCUCAUCCUGAACAAAAGAGCCCUGAUCACCUGGCACCUGGUAACCUAAUCCACUUCUGGCUCAUACUCUUUCGUAGCCAAAUCUGCAUUGAUUUGCCUAUUUUGUGGCAGUUCCAGUGGCUUCAUAACCUGAAUCCAAAGAUUAGAAUUCAAGCCUUCCACAAAAUUUCCCUCCCCUUACACUUGACUCCCUUCAUUUCUCAUUGCGUCCGAUGACAGUCCUUAGUCCAGCCAAGCGGACCUGCUGGCCACCUUCCUGGGGGGCCUUACUUCCAUCUAAGCCUCUCCCUUCAGUUCACUAACCUGAGUGUCACAGAGUCCUGCGCACAGCAGCCUCCUUCCCCCAUCCGUUGUCACUUUGUCACCUCAUGACCCUGCCCUCUUCUCUAUCUUUAGUCUUACAUUACCCUUUAUCCUCCUCCCUUUGAAUGUUUUGUGUGUGUGUGUGUGUGUGUGUGUGUGUGUGUGUGUGUGUACAUCACUUGUCAAAUAGAUCACACAUUCCUAGGGCAGUAAUCCUGUUUUCUAUUUCUAGUUUAUCCCUCAUCUCUGCCCAGGUCCAUACCGAGUUUUGCUUAUGGCAAUUCUGCAAUAACUAUUACAGAGCAACUCAUUCUAACUCAUUGAUGGUGCACAUAUUCCCAGUGGGUCUUCCCAAGUCUGAUUGGCAGCAUCUGCCUAAGGUCCAACACCCAGUUCCUCAGCGUCUCUCACUCCAAGGCAGCCACCGGGAGUUGGUGGGUAGGAGAGCAUGGUGGGCUGGAUGACAGUCAUCACUCCUAACGCUGCCACAGAGGAUGCGAAAGUCCAAAGCUGUUUGCUAAAAACUUUUCCAGCACUCAAAUUGCCUUUUAAAAAAACCUGCCUCCCUCCUUCCUCCUGCCCCCAAAGAAAAAGAAUUUAAAUUCAAACAGCCUUUACCUGCAUCCUCUCUCUCUCAUUACCUCCCAGUUAGUGCUCAAUGCCAAUUGCCCAUGAAAUUCCACUGCUGCUGUUAAUGAAAUGAGGAGCAUAAGAAGUUUGUGAACAGGAAGUGUCCAUGCAAGCCUCCACCUGUCUCCCUCCUCACUUCCUACUCUGUACCACUGGCUUCCUCUGCCUCGACCUGCUCAGUGAGCCUCUAAGUCGAUCCCUCAAUCCCCCUUCACUACCUCCGUUGCUAGAGGAGGAAAAAGCCGGCGGCGAACUCCCCGCUAUGGAGUCUCCUUCCUUUCCAGCCGUGUUUUGGAGAAAGCACCUGGCUUACGUCCCGGCGCCACCACUGUCUACGGGGGGACCUGGAGCUUAGCUUCUCAGAGCUUCAGCUUUAACUACAGUAUUUGACAUUGGGCUGCUUAUACUUACUCUACCCACAUCACAGAAUGGUUAAUAUCAGAAUGAAGCAAUGUACUCAACAGCACUUUGAAGAGUAAAUAAUACACCGCAAAAUAAAAAUACCUGCUUGCUGUGAGCAGAUGGGUUCCAGUUUUGAGUCUUUGGUGUGGGCUCCCAUUCCAGCCACCUCUAUCAGAAUCCAGUUAUUGUCUCUGGUACUUCCCGAAGUGCUUUAUUCCAGGAUCCCAAGGUCAAGGCUGAAGCCAUCGCAUGCCUCCUUGUAGGGGACUUGGAAGGGGAGGAGGUGCCAAAGGGACUUUCUAUCCCACUCCUAUUACAGCUCCUUCCUUGCUCCCUUCCCAGAGAAUGUCUUUCAAGCCCUGGUAGGUGUGGCUCAGUUGGUUGAGCAUCGUCCCAUGCACCGAGAGGUCACUGGUUUGAAUCCUGGUCGGGGGCACAUGUCCGG